AUGUUUUUAUCCAUAUUGCUGCGUGCCAAGUACGGGCCAAGCAAGGGUCGCGGGCCUCUACUAGCUAAAUUCGCCCCGAUCGGUUUCAAAAAGGGAUUUGGAGCCGUUGGACUCGGCAGACACACAAAAAAAGGAUUCUUUCUGAUAAAUAAGAUGCUGGUUCCCAACCUCCACGUUCCCGAGGUGAUUAACGAGAAUAGGUACCCAUAUAUGAGCAAUGAAACAGGCAAAGUAGAGCUAGGAGUGGAGUCAUAA